AAUUUAAAAACAAGCAUCGGAUCCGACCGACUUUAGUCAAGGUUGCGGGCUAUUCAUAGUUCGCUUAUUAACGUUGCGCAGUUCUGCUAUUUACAGUGAACGUUAAUCUACCGCUGCCCUCCUACAUAACAAAAUAUCUGUGAAUUUGUUUAGUUAGAAUAGAAUAUUUUUUUUACCAUGCCCAAAAAAGAUCUCCUUGCCAUUGAUGGAAGUGAUCAAGCGCAAUUUGCAUUUGACUGUAAGUUUUCUAAACUAAAUAAUGUUGACUUGUACUUGUUUAUUUCGGGAACUUACAAUCUUAACUAACACUAACUACAAGCAGACUUUGUUGGCAAUGUUGGUAGACCCAGACAUUUUUUUAAAAAACGCUUUAUGUACCUACAUUAUUCGUAUUGUAACUAUUUACUAUGGACACAUUUGGAUUAGACUAAAUUACUAAUGAAUUUAACCAAUCCACUUAAAUUAAUUACUUAAGUUUGAAUAGUUUGAUUCUUUUCACAUUUUUUUUUCACCUCCAUGAAAGUGAAAGUCUAGGUCUAUAUAUUUAAUAGAAACUUUUAAACAGGUUAGGCAUAGUACUCACAGUCACAGUUUAGUAAAGUUAGGGUGUUAUAGCCUUAACUUGGGCCUAGGAGAUUUUUAAGCGUAAAUAAAGCUAUUGACAAUAAUCUAUAGUGACUUAGACUUAGUCACAUUUAAAUUUAGGCCCUAGCCGUAACCACUUAUUAUGACUUAUACUAGUUAUAGUGGUCCAGCCAACCAAGAAAAAGUGGUCUAGAAGUGCAAGUCCAUUUUAUUUCUAUGUGAUUAUGUGGAAAAUAAAUAUUUGUUACAAAUAUGUAUUUAAAAGGAAGUGACUGGGUGAGGUGUGUUGAGACUAUGUAUAAUAAUUUCCACUUCCAAGGGCUCAAUUUGGCCACACAAAAAAACUUUAGCUUUUGUGCACCCUGGCUGGGCUUCUAUUAUAUACAUUAUCUUAUUAGACUUCUUUUUAAACAUCAAUGAAAGGUUGGUAGUGGCGUCAACUUCAAACUUUUGGUAACAGUUGUCUGAAUAGAAUCCAUAUUAAAGCGUAACAUCAAGUCUUGGUGAUUCCACAAAAAUGGAAAUGGAUAGGAAUAGGUCAUAAGAUAAGAAAACUGAUGCAAAUUUAUACAUACACUGUCAUGGAGCCCCAAAGGAUCAAGACGAUGGGAAAGAGCCAAAAACAUUUGCUGUUCCACUGAUUUUAAUAAAUUUCAUUUAAAUUGAGAAAGGCUCCGUGAGUUACUACUAACUAGUAGUGGCACUGCACCUAAUCUGGCAGUGUGCGGAAUUGUAUAAAUUAUUCAUAUUAUGUGUCUAGAUAGAAAUCUUAUGAGUGGAUAUACUUUAUAACAAUUUGUCUUAGUAAAAUAAAGAAUUGAUAACAUUCUAACUGAUUAUGGUAUGAUUCCUGAUAAAUUUUCAGGGUACUUAAGAAAUAUGUACAGAGAUGGAGACCAAGUACUUUUAGUACAUGUUGCUGAAUACAAUAUUGAUAUUGGUCUGCGUGAGUAUAUUUUAAUAUUUUCUUUAUACUGGGUACUUUGAAACUUUGGUCAUGUGUUUUUCAUUUCUUAGUUGUAUAUAAGUUUUGAAAUACCCCGAAGUGUUUACAAUUUUAAAAAUUUAUCCUUUGAAAAGACGCAUUCACAUCUUAGGCUUAGAUUAAUAGGAUUUAUUUCUAUUAUCAUUAAAUUUUUAUUUGAAAUCAAUUAGUUGAACUGAGUUUUCUUUCUCUCAGAGCAUAAUGUUUAAUAUGUACUAAUCUAAAUGUUUCUCAAAGCAAGAGUCAGCAAUUUAAUUCUUGGAAUUUCUAGAAAUAAAAUAAAAUACUGUUUUAGUGUUUGCUAAAUCUGGUGUGAAAUAUUUCUGAAAUUGGCUUAAUACCAUUAAAAUAUUUUUUUAGCUGGUCGGGGUGCUGAUGUGGAUGCAAUAUGUUCAGCUGUGAAAAAGCGAAAUGAUGAAAUUGGCAAUUUGACAGAUACCUUUAUGAACACGUUAAGGGCAAGACAUGUAAGUUUAGUUUCUGUUUCUUCCUUCCACAUGAUUAACAUUGUAAGAGCGAUCUACUGUCUUAGAGGUAUUGCUUUAAGCUUUACAUGUUUUUUCAAUCCUUAAUUUAAUACUAUGUGCAUACAGCAACUCUAUGUAUAAUCGACUUAGUUGUCUGGCGCUGUUGACAGAUGAAUAUAAUUGUGUGGCGCAUUGUCUACCAAAAUAUUGAAAUCGGCUUCACCAUUAAAUGUUGUAUAUUAUCAUAAAUAGCACUCACAUAAAGCAACAAAUUGUUUUUUAAAAACCUCACAUUUCCUGGGUUUCUAAUGUAUACAUUUAAUAUGACUCAAUAACUGGUAUAUGAAGCAUAGUUCUUAAUACAGCUGGAAGUAAAACUUGUUGACACACCAGCCCCUUUCACCCUACGCCUCAAAUAAUACACAUGGGUGUAAGGGAAGGGAAACAAUUGCAAAAGUAGUUUUGUAAACAAAUUGGUUUCUUUCAAGGACUGUGUAGAGUGUCUAUAAUUACACUUUAUGCAAAAUGUGGUUUUGCUUGUAAUUCUUAGCCCUCACAGAAUGUGAUGUGCUUGAAAUCUUUACCCCACCCAAAAUGAAAAUGUGCUUGUAAUCCCUACCCCUCCCUCUAGACUUUGGCAUUGACUUUAACUGUAUAUUUCAACUUGAAUGUUAUGCCACUAACUUUUCACAUCAUUGGAUGUUUCUCAGGUUCCUGCAAAGCUGCUUACUUUGCAAGGGGAUAAACCUGGAGAUGCCAUUAUCAAAGCUGCAAAGGAAGAAGAUGCAACUUCCAUUGUUAUGGGUACUCGUGGACUUGGCAAAAUACGUCGUACUUUGUUAGGCAGUGUGAGUGAGUAUGUGGUGCACCAUGCACACUGUCCUGUUACCAUUGUUCGUAACCCACAGGAAAAUUAACUCUUAGAAACUUAUUGUGGAUUUAUUUACAUUGUAAUUAUUGAUAUGAUGGUGAGAAAGGUGUUGUUGUUUUUUUAUGAAGAAACCAACAAAAAUAUUACACUUUUGAGACAAGUCAUAUCCUUUUGAUAAAUCGGAAUAACUAAUUACUGGACUCUUCAAAGUAAUGGUACAUUAUUUAGUUGUGUUUUUUUUUGUUUUUUUUUUUAUUUCAUGUUCAGUCUUUGACCUAAUUAAUAUUGAGCUAGAGUCUCUUAUUUGAAUCUAUGUAUGCACCAGGAAAUUGGACAUUUUUUUUAUUUACCUGUGAAAAAACUGCUAAUAAAAAUAAUGCAACACGAUAUCAAUGGCUUGUUUUGGUGAUAAAAGAACUUGAUACGUCUAUUAGAGUUAGAUUGAACUAUCUCUUUCUCAAAACUAUUGAGAUUUAUAACAUAGAUUUGAAAGAUGUUUUCAUACAAUGUGAUAUAAAUUGAACUAGUGGCUUUCACCCAACAGACAUGUCUAUCCAUGGUCUCAGUCCUGCAAAUGUGAUAUAACUUCAUUUACUUACUAAAUGUGGAUUAAAGCACAAACUUAAUUGCAUCAUUUACAUAAAAGUAUUUUUCAAAUUUAAGUUUUCUUUGAGCAACAGAACUCUUAAGAACUACUUGUGGAUGGAUGCCUUGUACAAUUACAAUAAGUUUAUAAUAUAGUCCUGUUUUGUCAAGUAUUAAACUAUCUUUUUGAAUUUAUGUGUCUGAGCUGCUGCAUUUAAAAUUUCUAAAUUCGGCUCUUGUGACUUGUCUGUAGACCACAGUGCAUUUGUCAACUUUGUCUUUUUAAUAAAGCUUUUUAAAAUAGUUUUUUUAACACCAUUUCUUCAUGGUGCACUUUGUUACAUGCAUUUAAUGUCUGUGUCAUUAUUCAAUAUAUAAUCAAUUCUCUGGCUAGCAAGUAAACUCCUAUUAUUUAUUAUCGAGUAUAAAAUGUAUUUAGUAUUAGAUUGAUAGUUUUUUAUUAAAACAUGUUAAAUUUUACAUAUAUUUAAUAUAAAAUUAUUUGUAUAUGUCUCCAUUUGAACAUUAGUAGAGCUUAGAGAGUCCAAUACCUAUAUAUAAGAAACCAAGAACUAUUAAAUAGAAAUUACAUAUUUAUGGAAUAGUCCCCUAAAUAAAUUGUGUAACAUUAACUGGUUGUUGAUCUUCAUCUUAUAUUGAGUAAGGGUAAUACUAAUAUGAGAAUUAAAUUUUUACCAAGCACUAUUUUAAACUGAUCUAGUCCAUUCUAGUUUGUUGCAUUUCUGAGACUGUUAUUUGACUCAAUUUGCUGUAUGUUUAAUUUGGACUAUUCUCAUUACUCUACAUUGAAUGGAUUGAUCCAUUCCCAUUGCUUCUUUUUUAGACCACCAAAUUCUGUGUUAUUGGUGUCCAACUUUAUCCUAAUAGUAAUAGUUCACUUCCUCAGGCUUACAUUUCUCACACUUUUUUUUAUCUGUCACAAAAUAUGUGUGAUAAUUGUUUAUAAAAUUUAAAAAGAAAUUGAGUUUACAUUUGUCAAAAUUUUUAGAGGAAACCCUUUGAUCUAUGACUGACACAUCUUUGAUCUAUGACUGACACAUCUUUUUGUGAAUCAGCAGUUAGCUUGUUACGAUGCAUUUUCUAUAUAUAACAUUCCCUAAAAGAUUGAUCUUGUGAAUAUUUAUUGGUGCUUGUUAAUCUGGAUUUAGUUGUAAUAGUUACUCAUGUUUUCUAUCUUUUUUGUCUUUUUAUAAUCUAUGUUAUCACAUACAACUCCUUACAAAAAACCAUCUGAGUGAUCGAGGGACCAGAGUGUGUUUCUUCAUUUUAAUUAUCUGACAUUUGAUUACUCUAUUCAUUUUCAUGUUGUUUUUACAAAACAUUUCAAUUAGAAAUUUCCUUCUUUUUAGAAAAAUUUUUUUUUUUAAAGUUAGUUUUUUUUAAUAUGAAAUGCUUCUGUUUUCAAAAUCAAUUUUACUUUCAAUGAAUGAAUAGAGUAGAGACGUAUAAGUUGUUUCCUAUAUUAAAAAGCAACGAGCAUGUCAUCAAAUUAUAUAUGGUUAUUACUUUAGCAUGUAUAAUGUAAGUACCAGGUACCAAGAUCUGAAUGUUGUGAUAACCAAUACAGAAUACGUUAUUUUACAAAGAGAACAAGUUUGUUAUGUUACAUUUUACAUUGGCAGUGUCAUUCUCCUUCAUUUGAAAGUCUUUCUGUAUCAAUGGUUGUUAAUGACCGCUGCCUUUUGUAUGUCUCUCACAUUUCAUCAUUGUUAACCUAUCAGCACAUAGACAUUAGCUCUCACCAUUCUCUUUUCAAUAAAUAAAUCAGAUUUUUUUUUUUUUAAUUCAUAUGGAUUGUGUCAAUUGUAUGUGUAGAAGUGUUUCAUAUUUAUACUAGAAAGAUAUUUUAUUGAUUAAAAGUGGGAC